GCAAUCCUCCCGCCUUGGCCUCCCAAAAUGGUGAGAUUACAGGUGUGAGCCAUCACGCCCGGCCCAGACUUGCCUUUUCUUGUGUUUUAGCAUUUCUUGUCAUUUUAUAUUAGAAGCUAAACAUUAUGUACUGGGUUAUAUUAAUAGCUACUGAGGUGUGUAGGCCUACAAGUGUGGGGGUUAUGUUUUUCUGGCUGGGAGUUAACUCUGUGCUUACUGUUUCUUAUAGCUCAGGUGCCUGAGGCGUCAGUUUCCUUCAGUGUCUUUGUUUUUGUCUCCCCUUUUGUCUUUGAGUUUUCCUAGAAACUCCUUCUUCAAGAGAGUCUGAAACUUGCAUUUUUUCAGCUGUAACUCUCCACUACAUACAGCGGCGUGCUGGUUACCUGUGGACAAAGGGAGCAUAAUGCCACUAGAUGACACCAGGAGGCGGCAUUGUACGUGCCUAAAAGUAAUCUCACCUGAGCAAGUAGGACACAGGGACAUGAGCCUCCAACUGCCUUCAUCCUGGACUGAACGGUGGUCCCAGGGGCAUUAAUUUGCAGGUUAUUGGAUCUGUUUUUCCUGGACCCCUUCCAAGCUGUCAUCUUCCAUGUCACAGCUAAGAAGUCUGGCAUCAGGCUCCCAGGGAGCAGGAACUAUGUGACAUACGCGGGCACACCCCGCCCAGCCUGGGGCAUGGGGGAUCAUUGCAUAAUAGGACGCUGCACAUUUUUUUCAGUGCAAAUACUUGAAUAAGAGGGACACAGGGGCAACCUGAGGUCCUGCAAAUACAUUUCCCAGAGAUCCCUGCGAUGAUGCUAAUCAGACUCUGGGUGCGGGACCGUUUGAAAGCCAAUAAAGGCACCUUCUCUGCAGACCUUAGCAGUCAGAGGACUGCAUUCAACCCGGUUCCUGCUGCAGGCUGAAGUAACCCAGUGAGUAGAGCUCCGGCAUCAUGGACAUUGAAGCAUAUUUUGAAAGAAUUGGUUACAAGAACUCUAGGAAGAACUUGGACUUGGAAACACUAACUGACGUUCUACAGCACCACAUCCGGGCCAUUCCCUUUGAGAACCUUAACAUACAUUGUGGGGAAGCCAUGGAAUUUGGCUUACAGGCCAUUUUUGAUCAAGUUGUGCGAAGGAACCGGGGUGGGUGGUGUCUCCAGGUCAAUCAACUUCUGCACUGGGCUCUGAGCACAAUGGGUUUUGAGACCACAAUGUUGGGAGGAAAUGUUUUCAUACCUGUAGUUGACCAAUACAGCAGUAACAUGAUUCACCUUGUGCUGCAGGUGACCAUUGGUAGCAGGAAGUACAUUGUUGAUACUGGGUUUGGAUUCUCCUUCCAGAUGUGGCAACCUCUGGAGUUAAUUUCUGGGCAGGAUCAGCCACAGGUGCCUUGCAUCUUCCGCUUGAGAGAAGAGAGUGGAAUCUGGUACCUGGACCAAAUCAGAAGAGAGCAGUACGUUCCAAAUGAAGAAUUUCUUAAUUCUGAUCUCCUGGAAAAGAAUAAAUACCGAAAAAUGUACUUUUUUACUCUUGAACCUCGAACAAUUGAAGAUUUUGAAUCUGUGAAUACAUACAUGCAAGAAUCUCCAACAUCUGUGUUUAAAACCACAUCACUGUGUUCCUUGCAGACCCCAGAAGGGGUUCACUGUUUAGUGGGCUUCACCCUCAUCUCCAAGAGAUUCAGUUAUAAGGACAAUAUAGAUCUGGUAGAGUUUAAGACUCUGAAUGAGGAAGAAGUAGAAGAGGUGCUGAAAAAUAUAUUUAACAUUUCCCUGGAGAGAAAACUUGUGCCCAAACAUGGCGAUCUGUCUAUCAGUCUUUAACUUUUUAGUGUAAGGAGAAAAAGAAAAAAAAAAACUCUUGUUUUUAUCAUCCACCUGACCAAUUAUCAACUGAUGAGUUAUCACAUUGCCUCUAUACCUCCACAUAAUUUUCAAGAAAAUCCUAGACAUGAAAUCAUUUCACCCAUAAAAAUGUCAGCAUAUAUAACUAAAUAGCUUUUUAAUGAAACAUAACAACAUACCUUUUCAAAUUAAUAAUAAAGUCAUUUUAAUGAUAACCUGUGGGCAUUUUGGGAAUCCUAGUGAUUUAUACUAUAAAACCUUUAAAAUUUGUUAUUAUUGAAUUCAUAGAAAAUUUUUAC